AUGGUGGUCGUUCGUAAACCUACACGCCGUAAUGUUCGAGGAAACUCGUCGUCUCGAAGAUCUUCUGUUCCCGAAGAUUCACCCCCAAACUCUCCGAUUAGACCGACAGAUUCGCCGGAUAGCAUACAUUCCCCAUUCUAUCUGACGAACGGCGAUAAUCCCGGUAUUUCCUUAAUCUCUGAAGUUCUCGAUGGCACAAAUUAUGAUAACUGGAAGAUUGCAAUGUCCAUCGCGUUAGAUGCGAAGAAUAAGAUGGCGUUUAUCGACGGAUCUCUUCCAAGACCUAUUGAAUGUGAUCGGAACUUUAGGAUAUGGUCUAGAUGCAAUUCCAUGGUCAAAUCUUGGUUGCUUAAUUCAGUUUCGAAGCAAAUAUACAAGAGUAUACUUCGAUUCAACGAUGCCUCUGAGAUAUGGAAGGAUUUGAUGACCAGAUUUCACAUCACAAAUCUGCCUCGCUCAUAUCAAUUGUCUCAGCAGAUCUGGUCACUACAACAAGGUUCUUUAGCUGGUAUGGCUUUCUCUUCCUCUACAUUAAAUUUUGUUGGAAUCAUGAGAGCCACUGGAAAUAGGUUAUCAUCUGAGUCUUGGAUAAUUGAUAGUGGAGCUACGAAUCAUGUCUCUCACGAUAGAAACAUGUUUGAGAGUCUGAGUGAAGGACUAAAGUUGAACGGAAUCAAGAAAUGUGAUAUCUAUAUAAGAAUUCAAUAUAUAUACUAA